UUCACAUUUGUUGGAUCUUUUGCUCGUUCACGAGGUUGACACCCUAAGCACCAUGGAAGGUACUCAACUCCUUCUGGGGCCAAUCCUCGCACCCUUCAUCUUGGGAUUAACAACAAUCGUUUUACUCUAUUGGUUUGCUACGCGGAAGCAUGGUUAUUGGAAAGAAAGAGGAGUUAUAUACGAUAAGCCCCUGCCUUUCUUUGGAUCCCUCCUGCGAGCAUUUAGAAAGCCUGCUCAAGAUGUUGAAAUUGAAAGAUAUAAUAAGUAUGGACAAGUUUAUGGGCAUUUUGAAGGUUCUCGUCCUGUCAUCUCAAUAGGAGAUCCAGCCCUCUUGAAGAACAUAUUGGUCAAGGAUUUCCCUUCUUUUUCGUCCCGAAGAAAAUUUGAAGUUGGCGAUCCUGUUUUUGAUAAAAUGGUAUCCAUACUACAAGGCGAAGAUUGGAAAAGGGUUCGCACCAUCAUCACUCCCACAUUCACAACGGGGAAAAUUAAGAGGAUGGUGAAAAUUUUCAAAGAAUGUGCAAAUACGUGUGUCACGAAUUAUAAAGCUUACGCGGAACAAGGAAAACCUGUUGACUUAAAAAAAAUUUAUGGUGCUUUUACAAUGGAUAUCAUUGCAAGUUCUGCUUUUUCUACAAAGCUUGAUUCCCAUAAUGACCCAGAAAAUAAAUUUGUAAAAGCAGCAAGAGAUGUUUUUACAAGGAACGUUAGCUGGAGAUUCGUUCUUUUCUUGGUAUUUCCAUGGAUCAUGAAAUAUUUACGAAUUAGCAUCCUCCCUCCAAAAGGAAUAAAUUUCUUCAAGAAUGUCACUUUGGAAAUUAUACAAGAGCGGAAGAGAACUGGAAAGAAACGAAACGACUUUUUGCAACUUUUGAUGGAUACUGCAGAUGAAGUACAAGAACAAGAGCAACAAGACAACGAGAAAGAAGAUUUGACAGAAAAUUAUGGCAAAGAUGAUACAAAUCCUCAAGUGUUCAAGAGUGUUAGUAACAAAUCUCUCUCUUACAAUGAGUUAAUAGCGCAGUGCAUUAUAUUCUUCUUGGCUGGGUAUGACACCACAGCUUCUACUUUAUCUUUUGCAAGCUACUUAUUGGCUCUUAAUCCAGAUGUACAGGAAAAACUGAUUGCUGAGCUGGAUGGAGCUUUAAAAGCCUCAAAUGGUGAAUUAACAUACGAUUCUCUUCAAGAAAUGAAGUAUUUGGAUAACGUAAUCUCUGAAACACUGCGACUGUAUCCACCAGCAGUUAGGUUGGAGAGAGUUGCAGAACAGGACUACAUUCUAGGAGACACGGGAAUAACCAUUCCUAAGGAUAUGGUUGUAACGAUUCCAACAUGCGCCAUGCACAAGGAUCCAAAGCUCUUUCCCAAUCCUGAAAAAUUUGAUCCCGACAGAUUCAGUGCUGAAGAAAGAGCCAAGAGGGACCAGUACACGUACAUGCCUUUCGGAUCCGGACCCAGGAACUGCGUGGGCAUGCGAUUUGCCCUCAUGGAAAUCAAGGUGUGUCUCGCAUUCAUCCUCAGCAACUUCAGAGUCAAGAAAUGUCCACAGACUCAGGUUCCUCUGGAAUUUUAUAUUGGACAGCAGCUUCUACAGCCAAAGAACGUAACUGUUCAGAUGGAAAUUAGAAAAGAUGGCAUCAGAGCACGCUAGCAUUCACUUUUUGGAGGAAAAUGAUAGAAUAGGAAGAAAUGAAAAUGUCAAUUGCUCUUUGAAUAAGGACAUUUUACAUGUAAACUGUUUAUAUUUCCACCCAAGGAUUUAUGAAAGUUUUUAUUUAAUUUUUUUUCUUUGAAACAGAUUUUAUCACAUCAAAAGUCGUUGCUUUCUUUCUUUUUGCUAAUGCUUUUAAAUUGAUAUUGCAAAGUAUUAAUUUUAAAAUAAAGUUCCUACUAAAACACUUUUUGUGGCGGUUUACUAACAAUUCUCACACCCAUAUUUUCAA